CACUGCACAAGGGACAUCCCCAUAAGCGCUCCGUCCCCUGAAGAAGCACAUCUCCAAGUGUGUAGAUGCUGACGGUUCCAAGCAAUGGUUGAUUCCAUAGCCUUCUGCUCCUCCCACUAAGUCUUGAACUUCUGCAGGAGCCCCAUCCAAUUCCAAGCUCGUGUGUCUAUCACAUGUGUAUGUUUUCUAUUGGACCACGUGUGAAUCUGUCUAUCACAUGUGUAUGUUUUCUAUUGGACCACGUGUGAAUCUGUCUAUCACAUGUGUAUGUUUUCUAUUGGACCACGUGUGGAUCUGUUGUUGCUGUUUUAUUUUUUUUAUUUUUUGGGGGGUUUGUUGUUUUUCUGCAGGCUCAGACUUGUUGUUCCACCAUCGGCGAGUAGGACAGACAUCUCACAGACAUCUCACAGACAUCUCACAGACAUCUCACAGACAUCUCACAGACAUGGACACGUAUUUGUUCCCAGAAUUCCAAGAGUUGUUCCGAGAGUUCCCGCGACUCGCCCGCAAACUUUCGCUACAAGAACUCCGAGCCCUCAAGAACUUCCUUGACCGUCGUCUGCUGGCAGAGCACAGCCGCCUGGUGCAGCGAGUGACAUCACUGGAGCUAUCCAGACACGCAGACGACCACCGUUUCUCUCGCGCCAUCUCCACCCUGGAACAGGAGAGUCGGGAGAAACGGCAGUUGGCAGCGGAGUACAAGCGGGGGUUCGGCAACAUGGCGCAGGUCCUGGCCAACAAGGAGGGCCGCUUUGAGGGGAAGUACGAGAAAGUGCUGAGUCAGGUGGAGACGUUGGAAGACGAGUUGCGCAGAGAGAGGAAGACGAAUGUUUCGCUUCAGGAAGACAACGAGAGGAGAGAUCAAGUUAUUGGGAACCUCCAUAGAGACAUAGAAAAUCUGAAAAGAAGCAAUGAGGAAAAAUCGGAUUAUCACGCAGUUUUGAGGGAGUGUAAGGACCUCCAUAAAAACCUUCUGAGAGCAAAGUUGGAGUUGGAGCUACAGAGGAAGAACAAUGACAACUUGGUGAAGGAGUUAGACGUGCUGGGCGGUGUGAAAGAGAACAAGAGAAUGUCACUGGGGGAUGUUCUAGCCACGAGAGAAAGUUUACACGACACCAACCGGUCGCUGCCCAUCACCAGGUCAGGGGUGUGGCCAAAAAGCUUUGAGGACAGUGACGUCACAUACCUGGCACAGGCCAAGACGCCCCGUGUGUUGGCGGGAGUGGCGUACUCAUGCACUGACCCACAAUGCCGCGCGGCGUAUGACCUCGCUCAGUGCCGCGCACAGUUGGUGAGAACCACAGAGAACAACGCCCGCCUGGGCUAUCUGUUGGCUCAAGCCAGGGCGGAUUCCUCCGGGAUGGACAGAAGGUAUGAGGAGAAGAAGAAUGACGUGGACGUUGACUACUACAGACCGCGGGGUUACGUCACACGACACGGCCUGACCCCCGGAAUAGACCACCCCUCUCCCCCCACCACCACCACCAAGCCACCCCCUGGCCUCCCCCGCCCCGGGGCCUCCAACAUACCGUCCAGACACAACUUAUCACAACACAGACUGUACCAGACAAAGAACCCCAGACCGACGUAUAAAUAAACCACAGUCCCGCCUGCUCUCACGCUCACCUACCUGUCCACGACAACCAUCUGUACAAAGAUUAAGUCACUCUUUCCUACGUGUGCUGUGUGUGUGUGUGUGUGUGUGUGUGUAUGUGUG